AUCAGGUGACAGCCCGGAAGCAGCGGAAGCGGAUGAAGGAAGCGCGGCGGGGGCCGAGGGGGCGGUGCGGAGCUGCAGGAGCCUCGGCCUCCCCUCAGCCCCUGCGCGGCUCUAAUGCGGCGCCCGCGCUGACCCCCGAGCCCUGCCGCUCGCCGUCCUCCUGGGGAAUCACAGGGACGCUCCGCUGGCCGCCCUCGGCGGUUGAAGUCGCCUUGCGGGCUUGCGGCGGCCGCCCAUGGAGAAGGCCGGGUGGAGGGGCGAUGGCGUCCCCCGGGGGCCCGUACUGCACAUCGUGGUGGUCGGCUUUCACCACAAGAAGGGCUGCCAGGUUGAAUUCUCCUACCCGCCCCUGAUUCCAGGAGAUGGACACGACAGUCACACUCUACCUGAAGAAUGGAAGUAUUUACCCUUCCUUGCCUUGCCAGAUGGCGCACACAACUACCAGGAAGAUACUGUGUUUUUUCACUUGCCACCCAGAAGUGGAAAUGGAGCCACUGUGUAUGGCAUCUCUUGCUAUCGACAAAUUGAAGCCAAGGCAUUGAAAGUACGGCAAGCAGAUAUCACCAGAGAGACUGUUCAGAAAAGUGUCUGUGUUCUAAGCAAGCUGCCUCUCUAUGGCUUACUUCAAGCAAAACUUCAACUCAUUACACAUGCAUAUUUUGAAGAGAAAGAUUUUUCCCAAAUUUCCAUUCUAAAGGAGCUCUAUGAACAUAUGAAUAGUUCGUUGGGAGGAACUUCCUUAGAAGGAUCCCAGGUAUAUCUUGGUCUGUCUCCUCGAGAUCUUGUGCUUCAUUUUCGACACAAGGUCUUAAUCCUAUUUAAACUAAUUCUUCUUGAAAAAAAGGUUCUUUUUUAUAUUUCUCCAGUGAAUAAACUGGUGGGUGCCCUGAUGACUGUGUUAUCCCUUUUUCCAGGCAUGAUUGAACAUGGCCUCAGGGACUGUUCUCAGUACAGACCCCGAAAGAGUAUGUCUGAAGAUGUUGGGCUUCAGGAAAAUAAUCCCCCUGCAGACGAUUUUGUUUCCAUGCCUGCUUCGGACAUUUCAAACACCAACUUGGGAACAUUCAAGAAAAGCAUGACUGGAAAUCAUGGAGGAGACAUUGCCUUCAAGACUGAAGAACCUUUGGUCCGGGCAGAAGAUGACAGCAGCGAAGGACAGGAACUCAGUGAUUCCAAUCAGUAUUUGAAACCUCCUUCUCGCCCCUCUCCAGAGUCUUCAGAAAGUGACUGGGAGACCUUGGAUCCUAGCGUCCUAGAGGAUUCCUCCUUGAAAGAAAGAGAACAGGCAGGGUCAGAACAGAUAAACUCAUUUCCAAAGGACUCUUUGCCCUCAGACAGUCCUCCAAUUACUGUACAACCUCAAGCUAACACAGGCCAAGUGGUCCUGAUACCAGGGCUGAUUUCCGGUUUGGAAGAGGACCAGUAUGGCAUGCCCUUGGCCAUCUUCACAAAGGGAUAUCUAUGUUUGCCUUAUAUGGCAUUGCAGCAGCAUCAUCUUCUCUCUGAUGUCACCGUUCGGGGAUUUGUUGCUGGAGCUACUAACAUCCUUUUUCGACAACAGAAGCACCUCAGUGAUGCCAUUGUGGAAGUAGAAGAAGCUCUGAUCCAGAUCCAUGAUCCAGAACUCAGGAAGCUGCUGAACCCCACCACUGCGGACCUCAGGUUCGCAGAUUACCUAGUGCGACAUGUGACUGAGAACCGGGAUGAUGUCUUCCUCGACGGCACGGGCUGGGAGGGAGGUGACGAAUGGAUCCGAGCCCAGUUUGCAGUCUACAUCCACGCGCUGCUGGCUGCCACACUGCAGUUAGAUAAUGAAAAGAUGUUAUCAGACUAUGGGACGACCUUUGUUAUGGCCUGGAAGAACACUCACAACUACAGGGUCUGGAACAGCAACAAGCAUCCAGCACUUGCAGAAAUAAAUCCAAACCACCCUUUCCAAGGCCAGUAUUCGGUGUCAGACAUGAAGUUAAGAUUCUCACAUUCUGUUCAGAACAGUGAACGCGGCAAAAAAAUUGGAAACGUCAUGGUCACAACAAGCCGGAAUGUCGUACAGACAGGAAAAGCUGUUGGUAAGGCCAGUCGGUUGGUGGAGCUUUUUCCAGUGCAAAGACGGCUAUGUCUUCGUGGCUUUCUGCUUUCACCAAUUCUACCCCACAGAGUCUCACUGAACUGCCCGAUGGGAAGCCCUGAGCAUGCUGCCCAGAAGCUGCUGUCACUUCCUUAGGUUUGAGCACUCCCUGUCUGUCUGCUGUUCCAGCCUCUUCCUCUUCAUCGGCCGCGGGUCCACAGCAGGGGACCGAUACGUCAAACUGUUUACAUGAACGGUUGCCCUCUGUCUAAAUGAAUGUCUCGGGAUGCGGAAAAGAUGAAAUCACAGCCGUAGCAGGGAUGGCUUCCCAGGUUGGGGUUUAUAUUGACUACUUUUAUUUCAGUCUGAGCCUGAUUAAAACACAGUGGACCUUCUAAUGAAUUUUGAGUUCUGAUGUUAUACCUUUGUUUAAAAGUUUUUUUACUCAGUGUAAAAUUUGUUCUAUUGUUGCUGUUUGAAUAUCCAGAUGGUCACUGUAAUUUAUAUGUGCUAAAAAUAAGUUAUAUGACUAUCUUAAUUUCUCUGAGGUGGGCCCUAUAAUGUGCGUAUAAAGUUAAUGGGCCCUAUUAUCCACCCCUUUGUUAAUAUUUUGCUGAGUUAUAUGAUGAUCUCUUUUGUAUAUGGGUUUUCUACCCAUAAAACACAUUUUUCACUUCACUUCCUCCUGGAAAUGUACACGUCAGAGGUGGUAGUUCUGUGGAUGGAGGGUUCUUUGGAUUUUAUUUGGCCUUGCCUGCAGCUGGGAAUCAGACCGACACCACAGCAGUGACAACACUGGAUCUAACCCACUGAGCCAGCAGGGAGUGAGGUUGGAUUGUUUCGUUUCAUGUUUUUAGUUUUUUCUUUCCCAAUCCUGAGCACUUGUCUUGAGGUGUCCGGGAGUGUGCCUGUGCUUUCUUCUUCCUAGUUGUUCGAGUAGACGUGCAAAGAAAUAACUCAGUGAUGGUUACAGCGGUUAUUCUAGCAGUUUAACGAGAGUGUGUAUUUAGGGCAAGACCUAGGUUGGGAGUUCCUUUUGUGGCUCAGUGGUGUAUGAACCCAGCUAGUAUCCAUGAGGAUGUGAGUUCCAUUUCUGCCUCGCUCAGUGGGUUAAGGAUCCAACAUUGCCGUGAGCUAUGGUGUAGGUUGCAGGCUCGGCUCAGAUCCCGUGUGGCUGUGGCUGUGGCGUAGGCCAGCAGCUGCAGCUCCGGUUGGACCCCUAGCCUGGGAUCUUCCAUAUGUCACAUGUAUGGCUCUAAAAGAAGGGGGGGAAGACUUAGAUGUUAGUUCUGUCAACUCUAGUCACGUUGCAAUCUUUAGGGAUUUUUUUUGUUUUUGUUUUGUUUUGUUCAUUUUUGGCUAUCCCACAGCACAUGGAGCUCCUGGCCAGGGAUCAGAUCCAAGCCACAGUCGAGAUCUAAGCUGCAGCUGUGGCAACCCCGGAUCCUUAGCCCACUGUGCUGGGCUGGGGAACAGACCCGUGUCCUAGUGCUCCCAAGAUACCACCGAUCCCGUUGUGCUAUAGCAGGAGCUCCACGUUGCAGUCUUUUCACACAUUUUUUAACCCAGAGUUUGUGCCUUCAAUUUCUUCUUUUGAACGGUUUUCCAUUGGAUGUUUACAGACCUACAGGUUUUUCUUCAUCUUACUCUUCAUAAAGCUUUUCAAAGCACCCGGCCUUCCUGUUUCCUGUGAUGGAAAGGCCUCGUGUUAGCAGUCUCUGCCCCCUUCUAAAAGUAUUUGUGAGAGAAAAGCAAGAAGAUCUGUAAAUAUUAAAUAGAAAUCUCAUCCCUGCUCACUUUUAGAAAAGCAAGAGGAAAAACUACAGCCCUGACUUCGGUCAUGUUUUCAUGAAGCACACUUGGGUUCAUUUUUGAUGCUCACGUUUUUACACAGGCUCGGCUCUCAUUUGAUUUUUGAGGGGACUUUAGAUGAGUGUUCUCAGGGACUAGUUACAGGGGACUGACUACUUUUUAGUAAUAAAGGUUACUUGGAAGAUAUAGUUACAGGUGAUAUAAGGAGUAUUGAGAAAAGAAGCUUAAUUAGGGAGGGUGCUUGAUUAUAUUGGAUCCUCUAAGAAAUGUUUGUAUAGGAAGCACUACUAUGGCAUGUGAAAUGAAAUACAGAUAUAAAUAUCCAUAAAUUUCCUAAUUUGUGUUUUAACACAAGUCCUGUAAAUCUAAAAGUAGUAUACUUCCGUUCGAGUAUAAUAAGAAUUCAUUGAUAAAUUCAGGGGCUUAUUGGGAGAAUUCCAUUAAUUCCACUUCUGCUAGGAAAGUUAACUUUCUCAGGAAAUAUUAUUUGAAGAGAAAAAAGUAGUACCAAACAAAAUUUAAAAGGUACUUUAAUCAGUGUUGCACUGCUUCUAAUAUCCCAUUGUUUUGUGAGGCCACAUCAUUAUGGGAUAGAUUGUGAUAGUGUAUUGGUGUUCAGUUGUCACCUUCCGACCGCUGGGCGUUGGUGCUAAGAGCACUGGGAGGGUUCAGCCAUGCUGCUGGUUCAUCCUUUAGUUUGUAUAGUUGGUAUGAUUGGGGUGAACCUUUAUCGCUCACUGUGCAAAGCAGACCAGUCCAGUUUGGAAAUCCCACUGAAAUAAAAACAAUUGCAUGAGAUUUAACUUUGCAUUCAUAUCACCUACUAUCCAUAUCAAUAUAUACGUACCUUUAAUUGAUCUUUCUAUUCAUGUUUCUAGUUAAGAGCUCAACACUUAGAGUGGGCUUUCAGCGUAAAAUGAGUAUCUCAGAAGAUCAAUCUUUUGUCAAAGAAAUGGUCAAAAACCGUAAUAACAUCUCCUUCAGGUUCUGGGAGGUGUGUGCAUCUUCAGGGAGCGUGGGCUCUGAUGUUGUUGGUGGGGCCCCGGGCAGCCGGCACAGUGGAAGGCCUGGUACCUGGUCCUGGGAACCUACGUGUUUCAGGUUUGGAUUCCGGGUUCUAGUCCUGAAGCAGCAGCUUCCCUCGGGUCACUGGCUCUGUGAGCCGUUUGGCUGUCUUCGGACCCACCCUGGGAAAGGUUGGCUUUGGUUGCCCACACUAGCUUCAGAGCUUUUGUCUGAUACCUUGUGUGUGUGAAUAGGCCUUAGGGAGCUUGGUGGAGACCUGCUCCUGCCCAGGCAACUUAAAAACAGUGUUUGGGGAAGUCCCUGGCAUCUUUAAUUCCUCCUGGGCACUGCAAUGACGAUGAUGUAGGUAAGAGAAAAAGGGUUAGAGCUAGCCCGGGUGUCCAACGGGAAGAGGUGGCUAGAAAAAGGUGCAUGUCAAAGUGCAGCUCCGAGUCACUCUGCUUCUGCAUUUGCGCUGUGAAUAGUCUAUCCCCAAGUAAAUGCAUUAGUGAUGUACUAGCCCCCAGGCCCUGAAACAAUUCCUCUUUACUUUUUGCUUUAAGACGCACAGCAGCAAUAUCCUUGGGCAGCAAAUCAGAGCGUAUGACAUGAUUUCCUCAACCUCACCUUGCUCUCCAAGUCCUGUUUAUUAAGCAUUGAAUAAUCUACCUAGAAAGGUGAUGAGAAAACAAAUUAGGAAGGAAGAGAAGUUGCAAAGCUGAGAAACAAGGUUUUGAAAAUCUAAAUGAAAGUGUUUUGAGAGCAGUAUUUAAUACAAUACAGUUUAUAAGAAUCCUUUUACAGGAGUUCCCGUUGUGACUCAGCAGUAAUGAACCCAACUAGUAUCCAUGAGGAUGCAGCUUCGAUCCCUGGCCUUGCUCAGUGGGUUGAGGAUCUGGCAUUGCCAUGAGCUGCAGUGUAGCUCACAGAUGCAGCUCGCAUCCCACGUUGGCUGUGGCUGUGGCGUAGGCUGGCAACUGGAACUCCAAUUCAGCCCAUAGCCUGGAAACUUCGAUAUGCUGCAGGUGCAGCCCUAAAAAGGCCCAAAAAACCAGAAUUCUUUUACCAAGAAGUUAGGCUUUUUUCAUCUGCUGGUUUUCAGAUAAUGCUAUAACUUUAUCUCCCUGGCAGGCAGGUUUGUUUUGUGGAAGUUACAGCCAGAAGUCCUUUUCUCUGAGGCCUGGUGAUGAGUUCAGGAGCACCCAGCCCUGUAAGGGGCCAGUGGACUGAUCCUGAACCCCUGGAACUUUUAUCUGCUUCAGCAGUUUGGGAGAGUAGCCUGUUAGGAUGGUAGCCGUAAAUGUUGCCUGUGAUUUUAUCAGGGAGCUGUUGCAUGCUCUGACCAUUUGAGCAGAGGUGGCACGGCAUUCGUGGCCUUUGCACGCAGUUCUGUGGUAGCCUGUAAACACGAUAGAGGAUGCAGCCUUAGUUUCUGGAAGAUGAUCGUCAUUCCAGGGUGCCACUAGGAACUUUUUCCAUUCCAAGUCUUUGGACUUCAUAGCAUUGGAAUUGUUUUUUCAUAAUUCCCAACCGUCCCUAAAUAUUUGUCAAGGACAAAGACCAGGAAUGUGGAUCUUUAUUCUUCUCAUAUAAACAACUUUGUACACAGGACUUCAUGCUUUCAUAUAUGAAGGAGAAGAAACUAGCUCCCUCGUAUGGCAGCUCCAGAAUCAGAAGAUUGUGCACGUUUAAGGGGUUGAAUAUAUUUUGUAAAACUCUAAUGCGUUUGUAUUUCUGUGCUGUUCUAAAGAUUACCUUUUUACUUAUAUUAAUUAAAGAUAUAGAAAGUAUAUAUUUAAAUCAUGGAAAUGGGACACAACCUAGGGGUUUCUUUCUUCAAACUUAUUCUUCAUCAGCGUCUCCCACUCACAUAGUAUGCUGCUCAAAUUCUUUUGUGUGUGCAAUAUGAACAUAUGAACAUUUCAGUCAAGUACUGAGCCAGAAAAGGUAAUUGAAGUUUUUAGAAAACUUAAGUGCUUAGGAAGUAUUUUGUUCUCUUGAAAUAUGAAUAAUUUAUAGCUGGAAAAAUAGGAUCAAGACUUAAGUGUUUCUGACCACUUGGUCACUGGUUCCUAAGUUUAGGAAGCAUUUGAUUAACAAGUUGGUGAAGGCAUUUAGUAGUUACAGAAAUAGUUUAAAUACUUGAGGUUAAAACUUUCCACAAACGCUAUCUAAGAAAAUUGAGCUUAGAAAUCUUAGAAAGUUUUCUAAGGAUGCUUAGCUGUGGUACAUGUUUUGAUCAGAAAGAUAGUUUCUCUUUGCUCUAGUAGUUUUAUAAUUUGUACGAGGUCUUCAUUUCUGUUGUCAUUUGUUUUUUAAAAAAUGUUAAAAUUAUAAAUCACGUCUAAUCAUACUGAAUUGUAAAACUUGUACUGUAUCUUUAUUUUUAGGGAAAAUAAAAUAAAAUUAUCCUGUUUGUCCUGCA